ACAAGGAACACCAAUCACGCCUCCAGAAGGAAUCAACACGCCAUCGAACCAUCCUGGUUUAUUUGAAAGAAGAUUGAUCGUAAAACAGUGAUUUCAUUUAGGAAAAAUAAACCCAUCUCGAUCACCGAUUAUAAAGCGCUAUUACUUACAGAUGAACAGUUGUAAUUCAGCGUCAGGAAGGUCAAGGUAAACAGGGGACUAGCCCAGAGGAGGGAUGCCUGGGGAAAGCGGAAGCAGUUCUUCCACCUCCCGCCACCCCAAGCAGAAGCGCAAGUCCCAUAGCCUGUCCAUACGACGCAGCAACAGCACGGAACAGGACAGGGCAGGCUUCCAGAGAGACAUGCUGGAGGGCCAGGAUUCCAAGCUACCUAUGUCUUUGCGUAGCAAUCUGCUUGACCUGUUUGGUCAGAUUGAACGCGAGUUUGAAAAUCUCUACAUUGAAAACUUGGACCUACGCCGGGAGAUAGAUACACUCAACGAUCGUCUGGCUGGAGAUGGACAAACCAUAGAAGGUGGAGAUCCCAGCAAAGGAGCGCUUAAAACAAAAGCUAGCCAUAGCACAAGUCAGCUCUCCCAGAAGUUGAAGACAACGUACAAGGCCUCCACAAGCAAGAUCGUGUCUAGUUUCAAAGCCACCACAUCCAGAGCUGUGUGCCAGCUGCUGAAAGAGUACGUGGGCCACAGGGAUGGCAUCUGGGACCUUGCCAUCACUCGCAUCCCUCCCGUGGUCCUGGGGACCGCGUCCGCAGAUCACUCUGCUUUGCUGUGGAGCAUUGAGACAGGGAAGUGUCUGCUUCGAUAUGCAGGUCACGCGGGAUCAGUCAACUCGAUCAAGUUUCACCCCACGGAACAGAUGGCACUCACAGCGUCUGGGGACCAGACUGCUCACAUCUGGCGCUACAUGGUGCAGCUGCCUGUCUCCCAGCCCCCAGCUGACAUCAGCGUUCCCUGUGAGGAUGACCUGGAGCUGUCGGACAGGGAGGAGGGGGAGACGGACGAGGGUCCCUUUGAGGUGCCCACCAUCCGUGUUGCCACGGCAACCCUGAAGAGUCACCAGGGCGUGGUGAUCGCUGCUGAUUGGCUGGUUGGAGGGAAGCAGGUCGUCUCGGCUUCCUGGGACCGAUCGGCCAACCUGCACGAGGUGGAAACAUCUGAGCUGGUUCACACACUCACAGGUCACGACCAGGAGCUGACCCACUGCUGUACUCACCCCUCCCAGCGCCUGGUGGUCACCUCGUCCAGAGACACCACCUUCCGUCUGUGGGACUUCAGAGACCCGUCCAUCCACUCUGUCAACGUGUUCCAGGGCCACACUGACACUGUGACAUCGGCAGUGUUCACCGUGGGGGACAACGUGGUGUCAGGAAGUGACGAUCGCACCGUCAAGGUGUGGGAUCUGAAGAACAUGAGGUCGCCCAUAGCAACCAUCCGCACAGACUCCGCCAUCAACAGGAUCAGCGUCUCAGCCAACCAGAGGAUCAUCGCUCUGCCACAUGACAACCGCCAAGUCCGACUGUUCGACAUGUCUGGAGCGAGGCUUGCACGACUGCCUCGCAGCAACAGACAGGGCCACCGGCGCAUGGUGUGUUGCUCCGUGUGGAAUGAGGAGAACCAGUCAUGUAACCUGUUCACCUGCGGCUUCGACAGGCAGGCCAUCGGCUGGAACAUCAACAUUCCUGCUCUGCUGCAGGAGAAAGAUCUUUGAGGACCUCAAGGGAAGGGCAGGAUGCAUCUUGACAGUAUUGGAACAUGGCCCUCAGCUCUCUCUGUCACUGAACCCAACCCGGAAGAGUUCCUGUUUAAGGAGGAACAGCAGGAGUGUUUACACUGGGCGUUUGAACCCUAGCUUAGAGAAACCAUUCUGUGUGGAUGGCACAUCCUUUUUGGUAAAGUGGUCUUCCUCUAAACGCAUGUCGGUCUCUAAAUGUUAGUCUCUCUCUCUCACAUGUCCACCUGAAAAUGAGCCGUCACCAGAAGUGAGUUUGAGUGGAUCUGUUUAUCUACAGUGCUUUGGGAUGUUUGUUUACAUUAAAUAGCUGUUUGUCUGUUGCACCGAUUUGUGUACAUCAUGAGGUUUUACAAUAAUGUGUUAUUUGGAAAAAUGUUAAGUCAAUGUCUGCUAUUUAUUUAACUUCUAUAGAUCCUGUUUCCAUGCCAGUAAUGCCACCCAAAUGUUGUUUGCUUAGGGUUUCUUGCUUAAUACAUAUAUAGGGAAUGCUUAAAUGUUAAGAAUCUAAGGACAUAAAAUGUAAUUCUGCAUGAAGUUAAGUUCAUUAAUGUCGUAUGUAAUGCCUUAUAACUCAAAUAAGCAAUCGCAUAGAACUGUGCUGUAUCAGUUAGAAUAUCGACGCCUCUGGAAUGAAGGGAGGCACUCUGCAGCUCAGAUAUAUCACCAGGUUGAACCUCUUCAUUCAGGGGAUUCUCUCUGUCACGUUUAAUGUGUAUCAAAUUCAUCUUUUAAUCUUCAGCAACAACGGCCAGCCACGUACUCCACAGUGAAUGAAUUAUAACUUGAAGGGAUGCCAGAUAUCUGUGAAAAUGUAAUUUGCCUUAUACUGUGUAUGUACAUACAUUUGAACUGUGAUGAGAUUGAAAAAAGUAUAGCUAGUUUCCCCAUUGUGGGAAAACACAUUCACCCCAAACCUUAUCAUUUUUUUUUGCACCGAGGCUUGUAAAAAUCUAAUAAAAUGUGUGAUUCUUUUUC